ACUCAAAGUAUUUUGUCACUGCGCAUGCGCGUCCCUCCUGCAUCUGAUGGCCGUCAAUAUGGCGGCUGUGGAAUGAGACGCAUGUCUAAACUUUGCACUGACAAUUGAUAUUUUGCUUCGCGUACUUUGUUUACGUGAAAGAAAGCUGUCGAACAAAAAUGUCCCGCCACAGGAAUGUCCGAGGUUAUAACUACGACGAAGAUUUUGAGGAUGAUGACAUGUACGGGCAGUCAGUGGAGGAUGACUACUGCAUCUCUCCUGCCACUGCCGCACAGUUUAUCUACUCACGUCAAGACUCGAGGCAGGCUCGACAAGUAGAGACCGUGGAGGAGGAAGAAUAUGAGGAGGAAGAGGAGAUGCCAACCUCUCCAACCAUCACAAGCACACUAGACCCACUACAGCAAGGUCAGUUGUAUUCCUGUUUGGAUCAGAUGAGAGCAGUACUGGGAGACUCAAUUCCAGACUCUACACUGAUUCAGGCAGCUCUUAAAUACGACUGUGACCCUCAACGGGCCCUUGAUUUCAUUCUAACCGAGGAGAACACCAAUACACACACCCCUCCGGCCCGAACCAACACGCUGCCUGAGCCUACCGCCACAGCUGCACCACAGAAAGGAGCCUUAUUUUCUCCCUCACAUGAUAGUAUUAAGACUGUAUCAAGUGCACAUUCAUGCAAACCACUGAAACAAAAUGGUGGUCAAUCUUACAACCUCAGUGAUCUGUUAGCCACGCCUGAACCAAACAAGAUCAUACCUACUGCUCUGAAACCUCCCCCUGGUCUGGGAAGUUUGGCAAAAGACCAUUUAAAAGUGGCUUCAAGUCAUAAUUUGGGCAGUGAUGAUUCAUUAGGACAAAGUUCACUCGCCCAAGUAAUAGCUCAGCAUGAACAGAAGUGUACAAACAUUCCUCCUUUAGUUGCCUCCACUGGUGUCUCAUUGGAUUACACAGUUCCUCUUACUACCAGUCCUUUUGGUUCUUUCCUUGGUCCUACCGCCCCACUUUCUGCACUUCUAUCUCAGGGUCAUAGUGUCCCACCUUCUUCCGGUUUAUCUGUUGGCUCUGGGGUAACUCUCUCUUCUGGUUUCUCUUUGGGACCCUCUGUCCCAGCUGGUCUGGGUGUGACACCUUCCUCAUCUCUUCUAACCUGCUCACUCAGUAGUCUGGCUCUGCAGGAUUCCCAGCGGUCCGCCCCUCUUCCUGUCUGCUUAGGAGGUUUGAGUUCUGUCCUGCAAAGCAGUGGGCCGUUGGGAGUACCUGGGCAAGGAAAGAGCUCUGGAAGCCUUUCAUUGGCUGAGCUGAUUCAGGAGCACCAGGACAGCAGUCCCAAACUCUAUGACAGUUUACCAGGACUCCAAAACACACACAAUUCUGGUACACAAGACAAUACAUACAUCCAAAAGCCUAUCCAAACAUCUGCUGCAAAUGCUCCUCCGGGCUUUUCAGAGGCACCAUCCCUGUCUGAACUCAUGUCCCGACACCAAACAUCACUACAUCUCAAAAAGAGUAAAAAUAGGUCUAAUCAUCAAGCACCGAACAAAUCUGCAACAGCAUUAAAUAAGCCCCCCUCGCUAAGCUUAAAUCGGAGCGUUGAUCUUAGUGCGCUUAUGUCCCAAACAUCUCCUGACAGUCGCUCACCAACCCUUUUGAGUUUUACCCACGUUUCCGCUAGUCAGAAAAAACGUAUGUUUGCUAAACCGUCAAUUUUUGCGUUAGCAUUGUGCGUGCACGUGAGCAGCAAGAAGAGUCGGCGCAGUAGAGCGACGCAUAAUGCUUUCUUAUACAGCAGACAGAUGGAGAGAGUGAAAGAACGAGUGCAGUGUCUACCUCUCCAUCACAUCAACCCGUUUUCUUUCGACACGCCCUCUCCGGAUGACAUAGUCAAAGCGAAUCAGAGAAAAGCUUUUACUCGAGACUGACUUUUUUUUUCUUUUUCAGAGCAUUUUAAAAGUCUCCCAAACUUUAAGUCUGAACUCUCUACAUAUAAAAGUUUUAAGGCUCAGGUUCAUUUUUACCCAAGAUUAUUAUCGCCCAAAAUCCAAAGGAGCAGGGCUAUUCCUCGAAGUUGUCAGACUGAGUGCUAAAUAAUAGUGUUUAUAGAAUGAAAUGCAUAGAUUAGCAUUUAUAAUUUUUGGAAAAUAUUAACUUUCAGAUCUUAAUCAUAGAUCAGCACUCAAAUGGUUGUACAUUUGAGCCAUGAAAUUAUUACUAAAGAAAUGAGACAGCUAUUUUAUAUCAUUGCCCAUAUUAUUCUUUAUACUUUUGUAUUUUCUAAUUUUUUAUAUUUAUUUACAGCUGACACUGGAAAGCUAUAAAGGACUGUUCUAAAAUAUCACAACCUCAGAGAGUUGUCAAAAGUACUGACUAAGGUACCUAUCGGUACUAAAAUUUUUAAAAAUGUGACGCUUUGAGCGCUGUUGAGCGAAUUCGUAAACACCUCUGAUUGGCCGUUGUUGACGCGCUCAUCGGAUAUGUCUGUGUUUGGCUUCAAUGAUCAACGCCUGGCAGCAUUUGAAAGCACACGGAAGUGUUUGAAAUUGAAAGCGGGAGCGUAUGAAAGCAGACGUCUAUCAGCGGACAGGUCCGCGAUAGACGUCUGCUUUCAAAUGCUCCCGUGUGUAUCUGUGUAAGCGCUCGGUAAAGAGCUUCAUUGAUGACUAUUUACAAUGUUUUUACAGCGUUGAUCAUUGAAGCCAAUCACAGACAAUUCCGAUGAGCCGUGAACACAAUGGCCAAUCAGAGGUGUUUAUGAAUCCACUCAACAGCGCUCAAAGAGUCACAUUUUUAAUUUCAGUACCGACUAGGUACCGAAGUCGGUACUUUUGACAACUUUACAACCUCAGAUGUUAAUUAGUAUUAAUUUUAAAGUCGUCUUAUUUUAAUUUUUUCAUUUUGAUCUUCAUAUUUUCACUUUUUAAAAAUAGUUAAUUAGGCUAAAUGUAUAUUUUUGUACUUGAUUAUGUAGUUUUAUGACAUUUUGACAAUUAUCGAUUCAAUUCUAAAGUCGUCGUACAUAACGAAAAUAAAAUACACAGUAGGAGUAGAUAGAGUGCAAAAGAUAAAAGGAAAAAAACAGCAGAUUCUCUCCACAGCUGUUUUGCUGCCAUUUGAAAUGAGGUGCAGUGCUGGUUUACCACAAACACAGAAAGAGGGAAGACAUUUGGGUUUGGGGGGACACCUGGAGUUUUUCCUAUUAUGUGUUUUGACAACAAACACUGUAAAAAGUGUGUUUUAUUUAUUAUAAUUAAUGUUUAAUAGACAUUUUGAUAUUUGUUUUUUCAACUGUGAUUGUCCACUGCAUUUUUAAGUUGUUUUAAAGCACUGAUGUACACCGAUGUGGCCAUGGGCCUGACUUUUUGUAUAUAUUCUAAAAUAAAGAUUUUCCAGUUUCAUUUCUGA